AGGAAGUACCUAGAGAGAUACUGGCAAGGGGUCCAGAAGCAGUAGAGGUUUAUGAGCAGACAUGCAUUACUGGCACACAACCUGUAUAUCGCACACGACUGAUGUUGGUUGGCCAGGAGCAUGUUGGGAAGACAAGCUUAAAGAAAGCUCUGACAGGCCAAUGUCACAAUGUCAGUGAGGAAAGCACAGAUGGUAUUGAUCUGUCAGCAUCAUGUUCUUUUAGCCUCAACAACCAGUCGUCCUGGAAACUUGCAGUCAAGGGCGAUGAGACUUCUAGGAGAGAGAGGCUCCAUGAGCCAAUGGAAAUGGAGGACUUUGAUGGAUUAACAGAUGCUUCUAUAGAAGAAGAACACAGAAGAGCUUUGGCAGCCAACAUUGCUAACGAACUGCUAGUUAUAAAGAGACGAGACAGAGAUGCCACCACCAUUAUCAGGGACACACAUAUUAAUCGAAAUGUUGAAGUAUGUGCUCUGUAUUAUUCUGAGGACAUUUCUACUUCUACAAGGGAAUCAACAAACAAAGAUAUCUUGGUGAUAUCAGAAACACGCCAAGAGUUAUCUAUCCAUGAAAACAUUUCAGAUGAAAUUGUCACCCUUGUUCAGGAGCUAGUGGACAAGAAAGAGAAAGAAGAAGGAAUGAUAUCUUCUACACAAGAAAGCUAUCCGAACGAGACAGUUGUGCUAGAUAUCUGGGACUUUGCUGGGCAUUCUGUGUAUUAUACCACACAUCAGGUAUUUCUAACCAGCAGAGCUGUGUACUGUAUUGUGUUCAACCUCUGUGAUGACCUGACCCUCAAGGAAACAGAUAACAAGAAUCACAGUAAAGCAAGCAAGAUGAGCACGCUUCAGUACAUGGACUUCUGGAUGAGAUCUAUACAUGCUCAUGCUGCGGAGAAUGCCAGCAACAGUGUUGACAAUAUGACCCUGUCUCCUCCCAUAUUUAUUGUGGGGACACAUCGAGACAGCUUACAUACAGAUGCAGCCGUCAGGUCCCAGCUGGUUAGCGAGAAGUUUGCUGUGAUCAGGGAGUUUCUACUUGGCAAGCCUUAUGUACAGAAUAUUGUCCUGCCAUUUUAUGCUGUAGAAAAUCACAUGCAGGAGGGAGAGGAUGUUCAGAUUGCCAUAUUGAGAAGUGAUAUAGAACUGAUUGCUAGCAGACAGCCUCAUAUGGGAGAACAGAUGCCCAUCAGAUGGUUGAGAUUUGAACAGGACAUACUGGCGCAGGCAAAUGCUGGCGUUAAUUUUGCCUUCUACAGCCAGGUGUACGAGAUUGCUGUCAACCACAACAUCACCACUCCAGAGGAGGUGCAGGCAUUGUUACAUUUCUACCACGACCUGGGCAUGAUCAUAUACUACGGCAACCAUGUCACAAGUGACUUCCUGCUCAGUAACCUGGUGGUGCUCAACCCACAGUGGCUGGUCAACAUGUUUAAGCAAGUCACUGCUCAUGUCCCGCCAAAGGAAAGGUGGAAUCUGUUAGCGGAUAAGUGGAACCAGCUGGUAGAACAUGGCAUUCUAGAUGACUCUCUGCUGCCUCUCUUGUGGCCCAACAGUGAGAAGCAGCACGCUUUCCUCCUGGGGCUUAUGUGCAAGUUUGAUCUCAUAUGUCCAAGGCUACCCUCGUCUAGUCAGAUGCAAAGAAACCCCAGCAAGAGUUGGUAUGUGCCUAUGCGGUUUGGCUCUUACAAAGACAAGAAAAAAGUCUAUGCACAAACCGUCCAUGAUGCCAGAUUUUACAUUGACUUCAGUGGGUUUCUUCCUGAAGGACUGUUUCACCGCGUCCAAGCAAGAACGGUAACUUGGUCCCAGGAGCAUGGAGGGCGGGAUCUUUUCUUGGCGCGGGGUAUUGCCAGGGUUUUUGUUGACCCUGAUCAUGAUCUUCUGAUAGAGAUGUGUGAACCUCAUCACCACAGGAUCAAGGUUCUCAUCAUGCAUGUUAAGGACAAGGAGGCAACUUCAAGUCGGAGAAACUCCAGCCCUUUACCAGAGAUUGUGGCCAGGGUGCGGCACUUUCUGGAGAGCUGUUUGGUAGAUCUUCGCAGCAUGUGGAUGAAGCGACUGGCCUACCAGAUGUGUUUUGCCUGUCCUUGCACUCGUGUUUGUCCCUUACAUGAGGUGGAAGCCUGCCCAUCAGAGGAGUGCUUACAUUUCUUGGAUCUUGAUGAAUGCUUGACCAGUCAGAUCGUCUGCUGUGAACAUCGGAGGAUUAAAACGGAGCAGUUUAAAAAGUGGUUUCCACCUGUAGCCUCAAAAGAUUUCAAAGAGCCCAUUAUUGUGCCAGCCAGUAUUGAACAGGGCAUUGGCAACAUCGAACACAACAUACCCACACUGCCAGGUUGGCUGAAGGGAGCUGCGAAACUGCUAAGUGGCGCAUCAGAUAAUCAAGACUGGCUUUCACUGGCUCGACUUAUGGGCUACAAACAGAGUCGUAUAGACUUGUUGAGUGAGGACUUGAACCCAUGUCUUGCGCUGCUGACUGACUGGAUUGUCUCGUCAGGGAACACCACCAUGUCAGUAGAUGUUCUGCUGCACUACCUGCAGCAGCUGGGAUGUCAUGAUGUCAUUGACGUCAUCAACAGGGCCAAAGAAUAUGAGCUGGAAAAGCCGUCAGUGUUUAUAAGCUACCAGUGGGAUGUUCAGGAUGAGGUUUCUGCUAUACGAGAUCGCCUGGAGAGGGCUGGAUUCUCCUGCUGGAUGGACAUUGGUCAGAUGGGUGGGGGAGACCAGCUGUCCAGCAAGAUUGACCAGGGGUUGAGAGGUAGUAAGGUGGUGAUUGCCUGCAUCACACCCAAGUACACAGCCUCCCACCUGUGCAACAGAGAGCUGUGGCUGGCAGACACUCUACAGAAACCAAUCAUUCCUGUGCUGAUGGAGAACACAGGCUGGCCACCUCCAGGAGGAAUGUCUGUCAUUCUCUCACAGUUAGUCUUCAUCAAUAUGAAAGGUGUCGGAGGACACGGUGGAUCAGGCAUCCAUGCAGACCUGCAUGAUAAGUACACAGAGAUUAUCCAGCGAGUCUCACUGUACGCCACACCUGACCUCACUCCCUGUGUGGAUACAACAACCAUCACUCCUGUGGAAUCCAAGCAGACUGGCCUCUACCCACUUGUAGACAGGCUGUCUGGCUACAGAACAAGUGUGAGCUCUCUUAGGGAGGUGGAUUUUCAGAGGCGUCCAACUCAACACGACUCCUCACUUGAUGUGGUGUUCUCCCGUCUUGGAGAUGCCUCCCGAAAUGCUGCUGAAAGCCUUGGUCAGAACACAGCUAAUAGUGGUAGGACUUGGCCACCACAACAGCGAAGCAGCAGAAAUUCUGUGCCUAUGGCUCAUGUUAGACAGUGCUCUGUAUGCAGCAUUUUAUAG